AUGUCAAGUACAUCUAGUGAUUCGGAUGAUUUUAUCUAUUCAAUGCCAGUUUACUUUGCUGCUACGGCUGUGUUUGUUAUGAGGAUUGGACAAUCUGAUGAUCUUUUUGGGACUUUGUCAGAUUUUUUUCUGAUCCAAGCCACCACAAUCAUGUUGCCAAUCUCGAUUGAACGACUAAUCGCCACUUUGUAUCCCGAAAAAUACGAUCACAUUCAUCAAGGGCUACCAAUUCUCGGAAUCUUUCUCUACCUAAUGAUUGUGUUAAUUGCACUCAUUCUAUGCACUUUAUCAGAACUAGACAUAACUGAUAACAGCUAUCUAGCCGUGUUGAUUAUGUUCUCAUUGGCUGCCCUCUUUUUUCUGAUCUUACCGUAUACCUCGAGACGACUUUUCAAAAAGACGGCUGAGAUGAGGAAUUGUACUGUGGCGGCAAGAUACCAAACAGCGGAAAGCCUUCGCUCAGCGCAUCUUCUCAAAUAUGUUUCCGCAUAUAAAACCAUCUCAAAUUACCUAUCACUUGCUUUUUAUUAUUAUUGUUUUGAAGCUGAUGGUUAUUAUUUGACUUUUACUACAGAAUGUUUUUACUACUAUACGAUUAUUCAGAUUUUCUGUCAAAUGUUGCUUACAACUUAUGUUCACGAAGUUCUUCGAAAUGAAUUUUUGAAAUUAUUUAGAAGGAACAAGUUGACGAACAGGGAAGAGAAGCAGGAACUCCGAUCAAUCAUCGGCGAGAAAAUCCUCUUCUCGGCGCACGAGGAACAGGAGAAAUACUUUCAAAUGUACGCCAAUGCUUGGGAUGUAAAUAUACAGGCGCCAGCAGUGUCGAAGAAA